GGAAUCUAUAUAUUCAAUUCACAGCUGACUGUCAUUAUUUGUUUGUGUCUCAAAACGUUUAACAUUUUAAGAAAAUUUCCAGAAAUUUUGUAAUUUUAUUAAUAAUAUACCGCAAAAAUGAUAGAAAUUACUUGUAACGAUCGUUUGGGUAAAAAGGUACGCGUGAAAUGUAACCCGGAUGAUACCAUUGGUGAUCUUAAGAAAUUGAUUGCUGCCCAAACGGGAACAAAAUAUGAUAAAAUAGUUUUAAAGAAAUGGUAUACCAUCUAUAAGGAUAAUAUUAAGCUAUCGGACUAUGAAAUUCACGACGGCAUGAAUUUGGAAUUAUACUAUCAAUAAGUGUACAUUAAGUUCAAAUUAAUUUAAAACUUUUUUACUACUUUUAAUAGACCUGAAAUUUAAAAUAAUAAAAGAAACUCGUAUUUAAUUUAAACCAA